AUGAAAAGAGAGAGGAUCUCGAAUAGUCGGAGUCGGAGAUCCCCCGCUGGCGGUGCGUGGGGUAGCCGAAGGAGGGAGAGGAUGCACAUCACGUUCCAAAGAAGGAGGGAGACGAUGUGCUGCGCCGAUCACUGGAAGAAAACUUAUAUGACGUCGUCCAGUAGCAAAAUUUUAUCCGCUGCAAAUCUCUGUCUCACCCUAUAUGCAACUACCUCCCGACCUAGUACGGGAAGCCCAGUCCUCCCGGAGUCCCCCAAGAGUCCACUUGAGGACCAUUGGAAGACAUGCCUUGAAAAAUUUGGGCCCAAAUUCGUCAUUUAUUGUGCCUUCAGCAGCCACAUGAUCCUCCAAAAGGCCCAUUUUUGGAGCUUCUGCUCGUAUUCUAGAUGA